ACCACCACACAAACACAACACUUGGGGUGCAUCUGCAUUCUGCAGCCCUCUCUCUCUGUAGAGUUUUUCAAACAUUUGUUCAUCCAUGCACAAUUGUACAUAACAUCUCUACUGAGUAAUCAAUCAUUCUCUGUUAUCUUUCUUUUUAUCUAAAGAAAUGGAGAAUGGGGUUGCGAAGAUGGAGACCCCUACAAAUGUGACAAUUAAGGGGAUUCUUGGACUGUUAAUGGCGAAUCUUGAUUAUGAAAAUAAGAAGAAAGUGAUUUCUCUUGGGAUGGGUGACCCGACUGCUUUUUCUUGCUUCACUACCACUUCUGUUGCAGAAGAUGCUGUCGUUGAUGCUCUCACCUCGCAGAAAUUCAAUGGAUAUUCCCCUACUGUCGGCCUUCCUCAAGCAAGAAAGGCAAUCAGUGAAUAUCUAUCGAUCAAUCUCCCAUACAAGUUAUCCCCAGAUGAUGUAUUCAUAACAGCAGGAUGCACACAAGCCAUAGAAGUUGCUAUAUCAAUUUUAGCCAGACCAAAUGCAAACAUAUUAGUUCCAAAACCAGGAUUUCCAAUCUAUGAACUUUGUGCAGCUUUUAGAAACGUUGAAAUCCGCCAUUUUGACCUUCUUCCCGAAAACAAUUGGGAAGUUGACCUUGAUGCCAUUGAUGCAUUAGCUGAUCAUAACACCGUUGCAAUUGUCAUCAUAAACCCCGGGAAUCCAUGUGGAAAUGUCUAUAGUUAUCAACAUUUAAAAAAGAUUGCCGAAACUGCAAAGAAGCACAAGAUUGUUGUUAUAGCGGAUGAAGUUUAUGGACAUUUAGCUUUCGGACAAAACCCUUUUGUGCCAAUGGGUGUGUUUGGAUCCAUGGUGCCUGUUCUUACACUUGGAUCUUUAUCAAAAAGAUGGAUUGUGCCAGGCUGGCGCCUCGGGUGGUUUGUCACCACCGAUCCUAAUUCCAUGUUCAAAAACGCCAAGACUGUUGAGCGCCUCAAGAAGUACUUUGACAUUUGUGGUGGUCCCGCAACCUUUAUACAGGCAGCUGUGCCUCGAAUUAUUAAGGAAACAAGUGACACGUUCUUCAUGAGAACUCUUGACAUAUUGAAACACACAUCGGAUGUUUGUAUGAAGAAAAUAAAAGAUAUUCCUUGUUUAACAUGUCCAACAAAACCUCAAGGCUCCAUGGCAAUGAUGGUGAAGCUGAAUGUUUCAUUACUAAAAGAUAUCCAUGAUGACAUUGACUUUUGUUUCAAGUUAGCUAAAGAAGAAUCUGUCAUCCUUCUUCCAGGACUAACAGUGGGACUAAAGAAUUGGGUGAGGAUAACUUUUGCUGCAGAACCAUCUUUGCUUGAAGAAGCUCUUGAAAGAAUUAAAACGUUUUCUAGUAGGCAUUCUUAUGACACAAAUGGUUACAUUUGAUACAUGAAUUGCAAACUAGACACUUUAUUCACAAAUACGUUUAUCAUUUUCUUUUUCUCUUUUUUUUUCUUUUUUUCUUUUUUGGUUCUUUUAAAUAAGUUUUAUGAUUGUAUAGCUGGUAUCUCUAUUCUAAUAAAAGAAUA